AUGAUUGAUCAUAAUCAUGUUUACGGAUCAUCCAAGAAAAAAUCAAAAGAGAAGAAUAAAGAAAGACAUGGAGAGAUUAUGAGUUAUGUAACAGAAGAGGUGAUGCCUCAACAACAACCUUUCGUUCUAAACGAUGAGAAGGAGUAUAGAAAAGAACAAGGGAAAGAACAAAAACGAUCUAAAGAGCAAAGAAAUGAAAGUAAAGAACAAAGGAGAAAGCAAAUUCCUAUCGAAAACUCACCUUCCGACACUGCUCCUUCUCCGUCAUAUACCUCCAAACAGGAGAAGGAAUCCAAACGAAAAGGAGACAAGCAAAAAAAGAAGGAAAGAGAACGAGAAAUGAAACUGACCGAAGAAUUUGCAUUAAAUCCUCCCACUCAGAAGGAAGAACCUUCAAUUCAGAAUGAUCAAGCUGUGGUGCAACCAACAAAGACCAUUGAGAUUCCAUUAUCACCUUCCCCACUUACGCUUACACCCCCCACCAGCGAAGUGCGGCAAGAGCAGCCCACAGUUCAAAAAUCAUUGGAGUCUUUGAAGCCAUCACCAACGAGAGAAGAACGUCCAUUAGAAAACCCAAAAUCAAAUCGUUUGGAUGCAACCGAGUCUGUUUUGAAGAUUCCAAAUUCCUCCGAAAUGAAAAGUACAAGUUCUUCUCCCUCUACACCUAUCACUACUAUUCAACAUCAGGAACACCUACAAUCUAAUGAGAAUCUUCGUUUUACUGAACCAUCUUUACAUGAAAAAAAAACAUCAAAAACUGAACGUUUGGAAAAAGAAGGCGAGAAAAGAGAGAAAAAGGGUAAAAAGAGCAAAAAGAUGGAAACAACACCAACAGAGACACCUGAAGAAUCUAUUCACAAGAUUCCCAACUCAUCCCCUGAGAUGAAAAGUGAAAUUUCUUCCCCCACGCCUAUCGCCACUCAACAACAAGAGAGUAAGGAACAAUUAAGCCAAUCGAAUGACAAACUUCGUUUUACAGAACCUCCAACAAAUGAUUUGCAUACAUCCACUGAGCACGAAGAAAGCAGAUCAAAAGAUAAAGAAAGCAAGAAAAGGGGUAAGAAAGAGGGUGAAACGAGCAAAAAGGAGGAAAUACGAGAAACGGUCAAAUCAAAACUCCUGGAAAUGGUCAAAGAAAAGAGAGAGAAAAGAAGUAAAAACGAAGAAUACCAGACGCAGCAUGAAAUUCCUCAAGAACAACAUGCCAUAUUAUCCUCAGCCGAAGUGAAGGAGUCACACGAGAUGGGCAAUAUACAAAAAGAAAAGCCCCCAGUAAUCACAAGCAACAACUCAUUGAGCAACUCCAGUGAAUCCCAACACAUGCCUUCCAAGAAUUCAACAUCAAGUGAAACAUCACAACCAGUACAACCAAUCAAUUCUGAAAAUCCCAACAAUGUGACGAUAACAACUCAGUUACCUACUGUCAUCGAGGCCCCAAAAGAAGAGAAACUUACUCAGAUCUCCAACAAAACGGACUCUGCCAAUUCUCAACAGUCACAACGAAUGUUCUCAUGUUUUGGAAAGCUAUCUGAUGCGUUUGAUGUAUGCUCUGGAAAUGGAAUAUGUAUUGAAACUGAUAGAUGUCAAUGCUUUGCAUCCUUUGAAGGAAAUGAGUGCCAAACACCAAUACAAAAACAAAACCUUAAAAAUCUCUUGCAAGAACGGGAGAAGGUUGUCCAGCAACAAAUGCAAAUAGCACAAAAAACCAAAACCAAUGAAGACAAUGGAAAGCAUAUGUCAGCUCAGCUGAAACAGUUUGUUGAAGGAAUUGCAGAAAAUAGUGCAAGUUUACAUGAAAAAUUAAUGUCAGAAGUAUACAACGAAUUGCAUGCACUCGGCAUGACGCAUGUUGAAAGAAACCACACGGACAUUGUGCGAGCAGUUGGUAAACAGCACAAAUACCUCUCACAAAUCAUCAGAAUUCAAAAGGAAUUCGUGAACAAAAUUACAGAGGCUGCCAUUUCGUUGAGAAAGCUCAAAGACAGAGAGCAAAAGAAACGUAUCUCCUAUUCAAGAAUGACAGCUUUGCAACAAUCUUCGACUAAGGUCAUGUUGGAUGUGUUGCCUCAAGAUGUUUUACCAGCAGGCACACGAGUCAUUGGUUCAGAAUUUUUAAAUCCCGCCUCAAGUUGCAAUCACCUCUAUGUGAAAGGUGACACAAAGAAGGGGCUGAAAUGGAUUCAUCCCUCCUUGUCUGUAAAUUCUGCACACACAAUGAGAGUAUUUUGCAGCGAAGGAUGGACUUUGGUUGGAUUACACGGCGGUGCUUCCAAUGUCCAACCUUUUGACUUUUCCUCCGACAUUAAUGAAGAUGGACUCAUGAUGCUGAAAUUGUCCUUGCAAUUUGCUCAACUCAACCUUCAAGUGUUCGACAAAUUCAAAACUGGCGAGGUUAAAAUUCUUAACCUUAAAAACAAUUCGAACAUGUACAUGAAAUCGGAGUGUCCCUUUUCAAAACUGGCACAUUACUGUUCCCAAGAAUGUGCUUGCGAGAUUCGUGAAGAAGGCUCCAACGAAUGGAUCAAGUCUAGCAAGUCUCCACUCCAAACGGGCAUAGCAAUGUUUGUCUUCAUUAAGGAAUCAGUCCCAAUAGAAACUGUAUAUGGUCAAAUCGUCUAA